AUGCUGCUCUUCACGUCAUGGGAAACUGACUUGAGAAACGAGACACGCUUCGAAACUAAUGAACCGGUUCGUCUGAGAGUUCCAUGUGAAGGUUCAAGUCUCCUUGACUUCAAGCCAACCCGUCUGAGGAAGUUGAACAAAUCUACGACGAGACUGCAAGAGCAUAAUGCAAUAUCGAACUUUUAUGCUCCGGGAUCGGGUUUCUACACGUGGUGGCGAGGCCCCGUGGCCCUGAGCCGGCUGGGGGACAGCGAGGGAGGCGUCGGGACCCUGCGGCUGCGGCGAGUGCGGCGAGGCCAGGCAGGGAACUACUCGGUCACGGCGCACACCUCGCGGGGCGCCAUCCACUCCGCCUUCUUCCUCAACGUCCAGUAUGGGCCAGAGGAGAUCGUGGCGACAAAGCGCGUUUUGGUCGACGAAGGUGACAUUGCUACCCUCGCGUGCUCCGCCUCAGGCAACCCGACACCUAAUAUCACCUGGAGUCGUGCCUCGGAUAACACCAGCGAGAUCUGGCGCGGCGUCGGGGAGGCCCGGCUCGUGUUGAAGCAGGCAUCCCGAGCGGACACCGGCCUGUAUCUGUGUCACGCCUCCAGCUCGGUCGCCGCCGCCGCCCCCGUCAGAGCAGCGCUGGUCGUCACACACAAGAUGGCGACAGCGAUGACCAUUUCCGUAAUAGUGAUGAUCAUGAUGAAUAAUGAGGAUCAUGGUAACAUCGGUAAUGGUGAUGAGAUGAUUAUGAUGGUGGUCACAACGUGUGCUUUGAGGGGCAGUGGUAGCUCUCUCGUCCGCAAUAGAAGGCUUGUAGACCUGAGUCCAAGUUCAUACUUCAGGGGGUAUUUCAGAGCUCUUCAAGACCGUGCCUCUCGUUAUCAGAGCCGCCGACGUCCCAGGACUGCCAUGACGCAGUCGACAGUGGUGGGAGCUGUGUGCAAGGCCAGUGGACGUCGAGGUGACGCAGCUCAGCGCUUCUUUAGUGGACUGUCACGUGAUCUGACCGACGGCGUGGCAGAGUGGUCUUCGGUGCUGCGAGUCCGUGACGUCACCGAGAAAGACUACACGAACUACACGUGCGUCAGUCGCAAUGCCCACGGUUCCUUCGUUAUCCAUUUCUCCCUCCUCCCUCCUUCGCCUCCUGCGACGCCCGAGGAGCUGACGGCAGUGGCGGCGUCGGCAACAAGUGUGAUGCUGUCGUGGCGCUCCGACCCCGAGGACGCCUCCAUCCUGGGCUACUCGAUCAGAUUCCAUCCGUCAUCGUCAUCGCACUUCCUGUUUCAAGAGGAGCCCGGCCUCAACAGGAGCCAAGUCCUCGUGGAGGGCCUGAGGCCGGCCACCGAGUACUCCUUCGCCCUCCAGGCCUAUAACAGCCAAGGCCGCUCCUCCUUCACUCCGCCCUCAGUUGCGGUCACGAUGCUGGGUGUGGUCGAGGAGGCCGCCAGCAGCAGCAGCAUGGGAGGCGGGUCUCAACAAAGGGUUCCUCGCCUCAUCCUCAUCAUCAUCUGCUUAACCGGAGCAGCUCUUUUGAUCCUCAAUAUUGUUAUUGUUUCUUGUUUCCUUCGCCGUUACGUCUUCAAAAAGAACUCGGCCAACGCCCGCAAGCCGACCACCUACAGCGUGUACACUCCUUCCACCACGCCGGGCUCGACCACCUACGGGGACCUCAUGUCUCUCAACCCCAGCGUACCUCCACCAGAGUAUCAGCAGGUCAGACGAGACACGGACAGCGAGGGAACGAGCACGAACACCCUGCGAGCGAGUUUCGGGUCCCCGCAGAAGUCCACGGAGCCUCUGUGCGUGCAGGUCCUCACCGUGUCCGAGGAAGGAGCCACGUCGCUGGAGGGCCACACGAGUGCGCAAGAAGAUCCUUACCCUCAGUCCCGCGUAGCGCCUCCGCAGAUCCACGUGACGCCGCCGCACGCGCACGCAACGCACGGACACGAGGAGCAGCGCCGGGCGUCGGAUGGCAGCGUCGUCUCGACCAAGGGCGCCGCCCCGACGAAGCAAGAGCAGUGUGCUUACAGCGACGCAUCUUGCAGCCGAGUUAUGAAUCCGUCGUCUUUCGGAGAGUUCACGGAGCAGGAGAGUCUAGGCGUGAGGUCGGUGUGUCAGUCAUCGAACAUCCCCGAUGUGUGUCCGACCACCUUAACCUCGUACGAGACGAUGCUGCCGCCGCGCCAGGUUCCUUCGUGCCAGGAGGUCAUACCGGAGUUUCCCGAGGACGAAGAAGACGAGGAAGAGCAAGAGGGAGACAUAAAAGAUGUGAAUGCUAAAUCCACAACGGUGCACGAGGGGUCUAAUACACAGUACACUUCGUGUCAGAAACAUGUUCCUGGUUCUCGGUUCGUGGAUUCGCCCGACUCCAGCCCAUGCCGAGCCAGUGUGGUUCAGCACCACUCGGACACCCCGCCCACUCCCAGACACAAUCCUGCCACGACAGCUCGGCCUUCGAGUCAGGUCAUUUUCCAUGGACAGCCGCACAUUCAACAGCAGUACGAAGAGCAGCGGCUUCAGCAAGACGUGCAGCAGAACAGCCAUCCAGCACAGUAUACUUGCCCUUGUUACCAGCAAGAUCCUCAACACCCGCUACACCACGCCUCACAGCCCUGCUAUCCACACGACCCUCAGUACCAGCAGCAGUUUAAGAAGUACACGGCGCACCAGGUCCUCGACCAUCCCCUGCAGCCACUCCAUCAGAGCUUUUACUCCCACGGCGAAGACAGCGAGGACCUUCGUCAGCGCGAGAAGGAAGUUCGCCUUCGAUCGCAGGUGGACUGUCAUGCAGACUUCGAGCAUCCGGCCCAGCGUCCAUCCUCUCACCCAGCCCACAGACCGCCGCCUCACCAUCAGAAGGAGGUUUCGCCAUCCUACCGCCACGUCGAGGCUUCCCACGAGCUUCACCAACUCGACGUCCAUCCCCAGUACCACCAGUAUUCGCCCCACUACCCGUCCCACUGCCCCCAAGGCGCCCAUCAGGUGCAGCACUCGGUCCAGCAGGAGCCGUCGGGCGUCCUGGAUCCCUCUGGUCUUUACACUCUACAGACCAACUGCUGCGAAGAGAGGUGUGGACUGUCCUCCGUUGCCGAGAGCCUACCUGCUACCGAACUAGCUUUGUGUGGUCAAGAUCUCCACUCAACCACAUAGUAAAGAGGUUGAGUACACAGUGGCGCUGGGGGAUUGAAGUUGCAGUGCAAGUGGAGGUCGAUGUCACACAAGACGCCCGGGGCUGAGGCUAGAAUGAAGAUGUAAGAAGUGAAAGCAGCACUAGUGGAGGAACCAUCGUGGGGUAACUAAUAAAGACAAUAUAUACGU